UUGAAAAAUGUAUUCGGGUGUUACCAUUUAGUGGUCAAUUGUACGGAAUAUGUACUGUACUGUGUAAACUGUAUUGUGUAUUCUCUUCCUUUGCAAUCUGCUAGUAAAAGUUUCAAUCGAUCAAUCAAAAAAACCUGCAAAUCAGAUGGAAAUGUAUGUCACAGCCCUUAUGCGACAUUUCCAUCGACAAUAUAUUAAAAUGUGUUUUAUUUUCAUACGUCAAGAUCCCAGAACUCUCCAAAAUACCAACUGUUAAAUUAAAAUAAAAUAAAUAAAAUGAAAUAUAAUAAAUCAUGUAACCAGUAUUUGUUGAAAUUCGGUUUCAAAGCCAAAGGGAGCCACGGUGGAGGCAUGAAAGAGCCGCAUGCGGCUCCAGAGCUGCGGGUUGCAGACCCCUGGUAUAGGUGAAGUGAUGUGAAUUAUAUUUACAUAGCGCUUUUCUCUAGUGACUCAAAGCACAAGUUACAUUUUUAAACCAGGGAGGGGUGACACGCUUCUGUUACCUGAUAGUGAUGCGUUUGUGGUCCAUUUGAAACAUCCUCAGCAUGAGUUUUUGCUCUUGCUAUUAAAAAAAACUGUAUUUUAUCAUUCGUCCUGCAGUUUCACAUGUUGAACUCUUAGGGACGCUGUAGUCCGUGAUGUCGCUGAUACAGCAGCCGUGCCUCCAUUAAAAGAAGACAGCUUACAGAGGAAAAAAGGCAAACCACAGGAAGAGACGCUUUGGACCGCAGCACAUAACCUCACUGGGACUAUUUUGUGACAUUUAUUGAGGAAUAACAGACCCGAUCCACUCGUUGUUGGGAUAUAUUGUCUUUUGGAUUCGUUUUAGGCAGCACUGAGGUGUGUUUCUGACCUGAACGUGAUGCCAAGGAGAACAAUGAGACGGCAAGUAGUGUUUUUCAUCUCCUUGCUGUUCAUCGGCGCUGCAUCCGCGCAGAUCAACUAUUCCAUCCGUGAGGAAAUGCAAGCGGGCUCCUUAGUGGGACAUAUAGCCGAGGAUUUGGGUAUGGGCGUGCAGAGACUGAAGGCACGCAAUGCUCGUGUUUAUUUUGGUGAGAGCAAACAAUACAUGGAGCUGAAUAAAGACAGGGGCGUUCUCCUCAUUAAGGAGCGGAUAGACCGAGAGGCGCUUUGCGCGCAGUCGACGCCUUGCGCGCUCCACUUUCAGAUUAUUCUAGAGAACCCCAUCGAGUUUUAUAAAAUAAUUGUGGAGCUUGUGGACAUCAACGACCACGCCCCUGCCUUCGAGAAGGGCGACAUUAAAUUCAAAAUAAGCGAAUCUGCAGUGAUAGGCUCGAAAUUUGAUUUGGAACCGGCGGUGGAUCUUGAUGUUGGAAUGAAUGGACUCCAAACGUACGUUCUGGAACCGUCUGAUAAUUUUGCAUUAAAGCUGCAUGAUCAAGCAGACGGCUCCAGGAGCGUCGAGAUGGUUUUAAAGCAAAGUCUGGACAGAGAGAAAAAGGAGCAUUUGCGUCUUGUGCUGACGGCUGUUGAUGGAGGAGAGCCGCAGUUGUCUGGCACGAUGCAGAUUCUUAUCACCGUGUUAGAUGUUAAUGAUAACGCACCUGUAUUUACUAAACCUGUUUAUAAAGCUACGGUUGCAGAAAAUACCCCCAAAGGCACCAUCGUGACAAAAGUCAGCGCGUCAGAUGCUGAUCAUGGAGCAAAUAGUAAAAUAAUAUAUUCAAUAAGAAAUACCAUGGGCGAUGUAAAACAUUUGUUUAACAUAAAUGAGCACAGUGGUGAAGUCACGCUGAUUGGAAAUGUAGACUACGAGAAAUCCCGCAACUAUCAAAUUAAUGUGCGCGCGAGUGACGAUGGCGGACUGACGGACAGCUGCAAAGUAAUCGUGGACAUCGUGGACGUGAACGACAACAGCCCGCUGAUCGACGUCAUGUCUAAGACGAAUGUCAUAUCCGAGGACGUCCGCGGCGAAACCGUUGUGACUAUCAUUAACGUUCAAGAUCAAGAUGAUGGCGAGAAUGGAAAAGUAGAGUGUGCGAUGAAUCAAAAUAUCCCCUUUGUGUUAAAGUCAACUGAUACUAAUUUCUACAGUUUAGUGACGGACGGUGAAUUGGACCGAGAGAGGUCAAGUGAGUAUAACAUCACAGUGAUGUGCUCCGAUGAGGGAGUGCCCUCCCUCUCCAGCAGCGUCACUCUCACCUUACACAUCUCAGAUGUGAACGACAACGCACCUGUCUUUGAGAGGAGCUCUUAUGAGGCCUCCAUUGUAGAAAACAACACUCCAGGUCUUUCUAUAUUCACAGUGAAAGCCAGAGACGCUGACUGGAACCAGAACGCUCGCCUCUCUUACAUGCUGGAGGACUCCUCUGUUAACGGAGUGCCAGUCUCCUCAUAUGUGUCUGUUAGUGCUGAUAGUGGAGUCAUCCAUGCAGUGCGCUCUUUUGACUACGAGCACCUGAAAGACUUUAAUUUCCGCGUCAGAGCUCAGGAUGGAGGUUCUCCUCCUCUCAGCAGCAACGUGAGCGUUCGCAUCCUGAUCCAGGACCAGAACGACAACGCCCCCCAGGUCCUGUACCCGGUCCAGACGGGCGGCUCGGUGCUGGCUGAAAUGGUGCCUCGUUCAGCAGAUGUGGGCUAUCUGGUGACUAAAGUGGUGGCUGUGGAUGUGGACUCUGGACAGAACGCUUGGCUCUCCUAUAAAGUGCACAAAGCCACAGACAGGGCGCUGUUUGAAGUGGGCCUACACAAUGGAGAAAUAAGAACUGUCCGCCAAGUCACUGAUAAAGAUGCCGUCAAACAAAGACUGAGUGUUCUAGUGGAGGACAACGGGCAGCCCUCUCGUUCAGCUACAGUCAUUGUUAACGUGGCGGUGGCGGACAGCUUCCCUGAAGUGCUGUCAGAGUUCACUGACUUUAGCAUGCACGACAAGGAGUACAAUGACAAGCUGACUUUUUACUUAGUCUUGGCAUUGGCUGUGGUCUCCUUCCUCUUCAUCACCUGCUUGCUGCUCAUCAUAUCAGUCAAAGUGUACAGGUGGAGACAGUCUCGGGUCCUGUACCACUCCAACCUCCCUGUCAUUCCAUAUUAUCCACCACGUUACUCAGACACUUUGGGGACAGGGACUCUCCAACACGUGUACAAUUACGAGGUGUGCAGGACCACAGACUCCAGAAAAAGUGACUUUAAGUUGGACAGAGCUGCGAGUCACAACGUGCUGGUAAUGGACCCCAGUUCUACAGGAACCAUGCAGAAGAUACACAGUGAAAGGAACAUCCUGGAUGAACCUGACUCUCCUUUAGAGGUUGGUCACUUCUGUUUUAUUUGAGUUCCACACUAAAUGUUUUUAUUUACCUGUCGUAUGGUUGUGGAUAAUGUUGCGUUUUGGACCAGUUGUUCCUCCCAGGGAAUUCAAGUCACAAGUCGCUCCCAAGCUCUUUACGACACUUAAAGCUGAGUUGAAAAACCACCAGAGACAGAAUAGGUAUUGUGUAAUAUAUUUUCAAAGCUUUGCAGAUAUACAUUUUGGACCAGUCCAGCAUAGAACAUUCUAUCGUCCCGCCAAACUGGUCUGUCUCCCCCCCGAAACACCCUCUCCCCUCUUAAGUCGCAGGCAGUCAUCUUUCUCUAGCCAAAACAAAUGCUUAUUAUCGCUCUCUCUAACAUUCCUCACUUCAAGGUUAAGCACACAGUUUUGCAGACAACCAAAAGACCACAUUUGGAAGAAAAACACUAGCUGUUUUGUAAUAUGACAAUGAAAUCAAAAGAAGUAACAUUUAAAUUCGGAUAUAUGUAAAUAUCUGCCUCCGACAAUAACUAAAAAUGUUCUCCACAUGAGCUGUGGAUCUUUGAUCAGUUCUUUCCUUCUUCGGUGUAUAAAUAUAGGCAGAAGGUUGUGUCUUGGUGUAGGUUUAAAGUUGUCCUAUACACUUUUUUACAUAUGGUGGUUUAAGCAGUGCUCUGUGAGAUGUUCAAAGCUUGGGAAACUGCAUUGUUGACUUACUUUGUUUUAAAAUUAUCCACAAAUUUUUCUCUUACAAGUUUGGUUGGUCAUUUGUGUUUUAUUUGAGUUCUACACUAAAUGUUUUUACUUACCUGUCGUAUGGUUGUGGAUAACUAAAAAUGUUCUCCACAUGAGCUGUGGAUCUUUGAUCAGUUCUUUCCUUUUUCGGUGUAUAAAUAUAGGCAGAAAGUUGUUUCUUGGUGUAGGUUUAAAGUUGUCCUAUACACUUUUUUUUUUACAUAUGGUGGUUUAAACAGUGCUCUGUGAGAUGUUCAAAGCUUGGGAAAUUGCAUUGUUGACUUACUUUGUUUUAAAAUUCUCCGCAUUUUUUUCUCUUACAAGUUUUGCAAGCUCCUUGGACGUCAUGAUGUUUGCUCUUUUUUUCUCUCAAUAAUUCUCUGAGGCCAUCACAUAAUAGCUGCAUCUUUUCUGAGGUUAGAUUAAACACAGCUGGACUCAAUUUUAAAUAUUAUGUCAAUAUUUGAUCAUUCAGCAAUCGUCAGACAACUUCUAAAGGCAAUUGCUUGCACUCAAAGCAGGCUGAUUCCUUUUACUUUUUCUAUUUGAAAACACAAUUGUCCUUCGACUUCACAAUUUGGUGCCAGUCUGUGUUGUUCUUUCACAUAAAAUUACAAUAAAUUAUAUUUACGUUCCUGGUUGUGACGUACCAAAUGUGGAACGCUUCAAAACAUAUGAAUAUUUUAUACUAGCCACUGUUUAUGCACGUGGGCUAUUGCUAGUGGCUGAUGUCAGCUCUUUGUUUUACUCUUAACCUGACUCUUCCUUUAGAGGUUGGUCACUUGUGUUUUAUUUCAGUUAUAGUAACUGUUUUUAUUUGCCUAUACCAGGGGUGGGCAACCUUUACCAGUCAAAGAGCCAUUUUGACCAGUUUCACAAAUUAAAGUAAACAAUGGGAGCCACAAAAAUCUUUUGAAAUUUAACAUGAAAUAACACUGUUUACAAAGUUUUUUUUUUGCUUUGUGCUAUGUAUUAACCAAGGGUCUCAGACACGCGGUCCGCACCUUAACAUGAAAAUUCAAUGGUAGUGCGGCCCGCGUGUUUUAUAUGGAUGACGCUUGACAGCGUCAUACUUGACAAGCCGUAGUCUGUCGAUUUUUCCAGCAUACUACUACUUUCAGGACAACUAUUCUCCCAAAUGUGCCGUGAUGGUACAGCAUUUAGCGCUCAUUACAACC